CUUUGGCUAUUGCAACAUCAUUACAAUGGGUCACUCAAUUUUGCGGAGGGAAACAGAUUAAAGCACUCUGACUCGUGGAGACCUCCUAGUUCUUCAGAUUAUUAACCACGGCAGCUAAGGAACUGCCUGCUGGAAAGAACACUCACUCCAGCUUUAGCCUCUGCUGUCAAACACACCCCAGGGCUCUAGGUUUCUCGUGUGCGGAUAUUUUUCUGGCAUAAUACACUUCCCAGUGGGAAGCUUUGAAGUCUUACACACCAAUGGACAUCCAGUGGAUUUGUGCUGUCACCAUAAUCCUAGCCUGGUUCUGCAGAGCUUCCUCGGGACAGCAGACAUCAGUUGAACCUCCCCGCAAUCUUCAGAUAAUUGAUCCUGGACUUUUAGGCCAUCUCUAUAUAGAAUGGCAGCCUCCACCUUCCCUGCUAACCCUCGAUCAGUGUACAAUAAAAUAUAAAUUAAAAUACCGUAGCACGGGUGAUGCGGAUUGGAAGGUUGUUUUUACUAAGAAAUUAAAAUAUGGCGAUGGAUUUGAUCUCAGCAAGAGAACUGAAGCAAAGGUCCAGACUCUGCUGGAAGGACGUUGUACAAAUGAAUCUGAAGUGAAGAGCGACUGGACUCACGCUACCUUCCAGGUGCCUUCACAAGGAGAGCUGGAGUCACAGAUCCGAGACUUCCACUGUGUCUAUUACAAUUGGGAGCACCUCACAUGCACUUGGCAGCUGGGCUGGCUAGCCCCUCCUGGGGCACGUUAUGAGCUAUAUUAUUGGUAUGAAGGGCUGGAUCAUGCAGUGCAAUGCAGCGACUAUAUUCAGACUCAUGGAAGAAAUACUGGAUGCAAUUUGCAAAACCUGAGGCAGGCAGAAUAUAUUGAUUUCAACGUCUGUGUUAAUGGUUCUUCAGAGUCCACACAGCUGAGACCCUCCUACUUCACAUUCCAUCUUCAGAACCUAGUCAAACCUUCUCCGCCUGAGAAGCUGUCGGUUUCCAUUUCUCCCUCUGAGGAAGUUCAUGUGGAGUGGAGCCCUCCUGCUGGGGGUACCCCCCCGCGCUGCCUGGACUACGAGGUGCAGCUGACAGAGCAUGAUGGUGAUGCUGAUGCUCCCUGGACGGCUGUCUCAACCCAAGUGGAAACCGCCUUUACCUUCUCCCAGUCCAAUCGCAGCCGCGUCUCAUGCGUCCGUGUACGAGGGAAAACAAACAUGUUCUGCGCCGACAAGGGCUUUUGGAGUGAAUGGACGCGGGAGUGUUUCUACGUGUCCAGAAAAGAUGAAAAGCAGCUGUUCAUCCUCAUUGCAGUAGCCUUAAGUUUUCUGACUGUCAUCAUACUAUUUCUAUUAGCUGCACAGCGCAAGAAAAGACCAAAUGGAGAGAAAAAUAUAUCACCUACAGCUCUAUAUUUGGAAUAAUUCCUGACCAAAAUGAUUUCCAGAGAUGCCCUCUGAGCUGUCAGCGGAACUUACUGCUGCAUUAUGCACGUUAUUGAUGGCCAUAAUAAAGACCCAUGCCAACU